AUGGAUCGAAUUAUGCAAUCCUUACGGAGAAAAAGACGUCUAAAACAACUUCAAUUGGUAGUAACAAAUGUAGUUGUAGUUCUUAUGAUGUAUUGGGUUUGGUAUAUAACAAGUAUUGCUACGGUUAGGGGUGUUGAAUUGAUCCAAAGUAAAAGAGAUAGAAAAAUAUUGCGCUUAAAAAUUAUGCAUCGCUUAAUACAAGAAAGUGAUGUGCAUUGUAAAAGUGAACUUCGGGUUAAUAGACAAACCUUUAAUAUUAUUUGUGAGAUGCUUAAGGAGAUUGGAGGCCUCACUCGGACAAAAAAUAUGUCUCUUGAUGAGAUAGUUGCCAUGUUUUUGUACACUUUAGCUCACCAUAAAAAAAAUAGAUCUAUUGCUCACUUUUUCAUAAGAAGUGGAGAGACCGUGAGUCGGCAAUUCAACUUAUGUCUGAGGGCUAUACUUAAGUUGCAUGAGCAUUUGCUUUACAAGCCCACACCAAUAUUAGAAGAAUGUGAAGACGAAAGGUGGAAACCUUUUAAGAAUUGUUUAGGAGCAUUGGAUGGUACCUACGUAAAUGUAACUGUACAUCCCCAAGGUCGUGGUAAAUAUCGGACAAGAAAAGCUACGAUGUUCGUGUUCUUCGCAAUGCUCUCACUAGGCCAAAUGGCUUUAGGGUUCCUAGAGGUAAAUUUAACAUGUAACUAUUAUUUGGUCGAUGGGGGAUAUACAAACUUUGAGGGUUUUCUUGCUCCAUAUAGAGGGCAACUAUAUCAUCUUAAGGAAUGGACAGAUAGACAACCACAAACUGCAGAAGAGUAUUACAAUAUGAAGCAUGCUCGAGCAAGAAAUGUAAUUGAAAGAUGUUUUGGGUUACUUAAAGGGAGAUGGAGUAUACUUAGAAGCCCCUCCUUUUUCCCUAUUCGAACUCAAGGACGUAUUGUGAUGGCUUGUUGUUUAUUUCAUAAUUUAAUAAGGAAAGUGAUGCCCACAGAUGAUGUAGAAGAAGAGAAUAUGAGUAAUGACAAUUCCGAUAACGAUUCUGAUGAUGAAAAAUACGUUAGCUCAAGAUUUGUUUAA